AUGGCGGGAGCACUGACUGUGGGCCUAGUGCGACAGUGUCAAACCAUCCACGGACGCGAUCGGACAUGCAUCCCUCCCCGGCUGCCCCCCGAGUGGGUCACCACACUGUUUUUUAUCAUCAUGGGAAUCAUUUCACUGACUGUCACAUGUGGCUUGCUGGUGGCUUCCCACUGGCGAAGAGAAGCUACAAAGUACGCGCGCUGGAUAGCAUUCACUGGAAUGAUCCUUUUCUGUAUGGCUGCCCUAAUAUUUCCAAUAGGAUUUUACAUCAAUGAAGUCGGAGGUCAACCUUAUAAAUUACCCAACAACACAGUAGUUGGGUCGUCAUAUGUACUUUUUGUCUUAUCAAUUUUCUUUACAAUAGUAGGACUUCUAUUUGCUGGCAAAGUUUGUUUACCAGGCUGAUGAAUGUCUAGACUGCUUGACUUUUUUUUUUUUUUUUUUUUUUUUUAAGAGGGUGGGAGGACAAAGACAAGCUGUCUGAGCAAUCUUGUAGGAAGAUGCUUAGAUGAAACUGAUGCUGAAAAGAAAAUAAUUAUUUGAUUUGUUCUCACUAUGCACUUUGGAUUUUAAAAAAAAUGAGGAGAGCCUUUUCCAUAACCAAAUACAGACAAUAUUGACUAAAUCUCCUGAGCAUAUUCAGGCAGGCAGUCUGCACUGUGAUAGCAGCCCAGUGACGGAGAACGCGUUGCACAGAAAAGCACGUGGCCCUGCGUGACUCUGUUGUUCCAUUUGAAUGUCUAACGAUUCGUUUGAGGGGAAAAAAGUCUUAAGUAUUUAUGCAUCAAGGUGGACCAGAGGGGAUGCAAGAGAGGUGCGUGGGGGGCGGUCCUCGCCGCCGAAGGAGUGAGCGCUCGCAGCGUCCUUGCCGUGGCGCAAGCCUUGGUGCCAGAACGCAUUGUCUUUGCAUUGCUGUAACAAGAAGCCGGUAGAUCAAAACUUGUUGGCUAAAAUAUAUGUAAAAAUUCUGAAGUUCCCUAAUUUCUGUGUACAAA